AUGACUUGCAACCGUGAUACGGAACAACUGCGGAUGGAGGGUCGCAUUGCACUGGGCGAUCACGUCAUUAUUACCGGCGGCGGCCUGAAGCGAAUUGCGUUGGUGCAGGCGGACAGCAAAUUGCGCCUUGGCAGCUCCGGGAUGGUGCAGCUUGAGAAACUUGCCGGCCUGCGCUUCGGUGAGGUGCUUCGGUAUGACCCCAAAGAAUGCGUGUUUCUCCCGACAAACGCGUAUCCCGACCUCGAUAUCACGAGCCUGCAGCAGUGUGUUAACGACACACGCGACAACCGCCACCUCGUAGAUGAUAAUCGAAAUCAGAUGCUUUCAAAUGUAGAGGCCGCUACUUUGCGCCAUGAGAAGGGUGUGGAUGCGUUUCUAACCACGCUGGUGGAAAAGAGCUCGACGUUUCACACAAAGACGGCCUACUCUCAGGAAAAGUAUCUUCGAAAGAAAAAGAAGCGUUACGGUACACUGUACAAGGUGGAACGCGUCACUCCCGACGGCCUUGCAGAGGUCUACCUCCCAACAAUUAACCCCUCGGAUGUGGAGCCAGAGAAGACGCGGGCGAUACGGCUCCGUGCUGACACCCUGGCGCUGAUUCUACACCACAGUGAUGUGCAUAGUGGUAGCCGUGUUCUCGUGUACGAUAAGACAAACGGUCACUUGGAGGCGGCGCUUCUCACACGCCUUGGGGACGACGGCAUAUUACUACAGUUGAUGGACAAGGUUGCACAGCCCAAUGUAUUUCCGGCGCAGGCGAUGGGACUCACACGCAUCCGAGACCUCUGGAAGGCGGUUCCUCGCAAUGAUGCCUUUCUCCUUGGCAUAGAGAGCACAGAGGAGGAACAAGAUCAGGACGACACAAAAAAAAUGACCGAAACGGAGAAGGAUAAGCUCAGUAAAAACAGCAAUCGGAAAAGGAAGGCUAAUAUUGAGGACCCCUCACAGUGGCUACGUGGGAUUGACGCCCGCCGCAUGUUAAAGGAGCGGCCAGCAGAUUCACUCAUUAUUGUGAAUGACGCAGACUCUGAGAGUGUAAUUAACGAACUGCUGCCCUUUCUGGCUCUGGGCGGUCACAUCGUGGUGUUCAGCCAAUUUCUGGAAGACCUGUCGGGCGUAUUUGCGAGGCUGUGGAACGACUGUGUGAACAUUUGUGUUUUCGAGACAUGGUACCGUCACCACCAGGUCCUUCCGAACCGGUCACAUCCAACAGUAAACAUGAGCACUGCAGGUGGCUACUUGCUGACAGCCAUGAAGGCGGAGAUAAACGGCACUUCACGCCCAUGUCAGGAGGUGGUUUCAGAAUCACCUCUGCCGGAGCAGGCGAAGAGUACCGUGAUGGAUGGAGAAGUACCAAGGAAGCGGAUGCGACAUGAGGGCGAAGAAUCACAGCAUCAACGCUAA